AUGGCACUCACUCUCACCCUUUCAACUCUCUCUCAUUCCUUCACCCCACGACGCUCCAUCUCCAACUUCAAACCAAGGCUUUCAUGCUCCCUUUCUUCUCAAGCUUUCAAGUGCAAGAGAGAGUACACGAGCGUGAUGAUAGUGCCGACGGGGAUUGGCGCCGCUAUUGGAGGUUACGCUGGUGACGCUUUGCCUGUGGCUCGCGCACUCUCCUCCAUCGUUGAUUGCCUUAUCUCUCACCCUAAUGUGUUUAACGCUGCAAUGCUAUACUGGCCGAUGCCUAAUGCAUUAUAUGUUGAAGGCUAUGCACUUGAUCGUUUUGCAGAAGGGUCAUGGGCAUUACAGCCCGUUCACCAAAACAGGGUGGGAUUAGUUCUUGAUGCAGGAAUAGAGGAGGAACUCCGGGUUCGCCAGUUACAAGUAGCUGAUGCUGCAAGGGCUUCCCUUGGAUUACCUGUUGCAGAGUACAUUGUCACAGACACUCCGUUGAAGGUAGAGAAGUGGGUUGAUCCAGAAACUGGCCAAUCAACUGGGAGGAUUAAGCACCCUGAUUCUUUACUUAGAGCUGUUAAUACUUUAGUGAAUAGGUCAAAAGUGAAUGCCAUUGCUGUUGUUGGACGUUUCCCAGAUGAUGAAAUUGAUGAAGUAGAUGACUACCGGCAGGGAAUGGGAAUAGACCUAUUGGCAGGAGUUGAGGCAGUUAUAAGUCAUCUAGUAGUGAAGGAGUUCCAAAUUCCUUGUGCACAUGCUCCUGCAAUGUCUCCACUUCCCAUGAGUCUAUCUCUUAGUCCGAAAUCAGCAGCUGAGGAGAUUGGGUACACCUUCCUACCGUGUGUGCUUGCUGGCCUAAGUAAUGCCCCACAAUACUUGGUCAUGGACUACAAAUCCUUGGGAAAAGGGUGCAUAUUGGCAAGUGAUGUGGAUUCCGUAAUCCUUCCCAGAGAUGCUUGCGGAGGGGAUGCAUCUCUUGCUUUUGCUAGAAAUAAAAGCAGAAAGCCACUUAUAAUUACAGUGGAAGAAAAUGAAACCGUGCUUGAUGAUACUGCAGAUAAACUUGGUCUUGAAGUGCUUCAUGUAUCCAAUUAUUGGGAAGCCAUUGGAGUUAUUGCUGCUCACAAGGCAGGGAUAGAUCCAUUUUCACUUAGACGAGAUAAAGUUCUCAACAUCGGGUGCAGUUCCUUAAAGUCUGUCAAUGGUCACACCAUGCUAAGAGAAAGAGUAGUUUCCUGA